AUGCUAUCAAGACAAAUCGCCCGCACGAGAAUACCAUCCACACGACCACUCCGCCCGCCCAAUGCCAUCACCAUCUCCCGCCCAGUCCCACAAACACGCCUCUUCACCCAAACCUCCCCCCACCGCAUCCUCACCCACCGCCACACCUCCCGCCCGCAGAUCCCCUACCUCUCCCAACCCCCGCUCCGCCCCACCAACAGCAUCCUCGGCCCCAACCCGCACCUCGCCCGCCUGCUCUCCACCGAAACCCGGCGUUACAUAAGCGAACAAUUCUACCUCGCGGUCAAAUGGAGCAUCAUCAUCUGGGUCUUCGGGAUCCUAGGCGGGAUGAUGUACCUCGGCAUCGCGAUCGAACUACAGGAACGUAAGAACCCAACACCAGAGGAAUGGAGUUUCUGGGCUCGCUGGGCGUUGAGGGGGGCGAGGGCGCAGAUGGAGGCGGGGGAGACGCAGGGGUUUGUGGACUGGGCUUCUGUCGGUGGGUCGUUGAGGAGGUGCUUGGCGAGGUUGGAGGAUAGGGGGAGAGAUGGGAAGGGGACUGGGGAGGUGGAGGAAGGCGGAAUUUUGAUCGAGGGGGUAAGGAAGGCCGGGCAGGAUAUUAGUGGGAAGUCGUGGCCGUGGAGGUCGGGGUAUUGUGAGGUUAUCAUGGGUUGUGCGGCUGCGGCGGAGCAGAUGGAUGGCAUGGUAUUGGAUGAGACGAGGGGUUUAGUGUUUCCAAAGGAGAUGGUUGUAGGCCCUUCGAAUCUGGAUCCUAGGCCUGUGCCGGCAUAUAUGCCUGCUGCGCCGCUGGAGGAGAAUUGCGUGAGGCCUUUUGAGGCGCCGGAGACGUUCUACAUGCGUGUGCUUACUGGCAAGGGCUUUACCACCAAGCAGAAACUGGAUGCGGCUUUGGUCUACGCGAAUUGGCUGGAAUUCAAAGGUUUACAGGACAGCGCCGAGGAGAUGUACAGAUGGGGUGUCGACAUCGCCAAAGCUGGUCUUCCUAAUCAUAUUGCACCCGACACAAUCAUCGACGCCAGGACAAGCGUCCUAUUAGGAAACGUCGGCGAAUCGAACGCAACACCAAACCUCCUCCAAGCCGCUACAGCACUAGCAAUCCACCACGCCCGCACCAGCAAUGUCUCCUCCGCUCUGCCCCUCUUUCUCUCCGUCCUCCGAGCCCGCCGCUCAGCGCCACUCUCCCCUAUGUCCCAAUCCACCACGCGCAACCUCAGUGCCCUCUUCACCGACCCAGAACAACCCAAAACAGACAUAGGCGCCGCUAGCUCCCUCCUGGCCAAAAUCUUUCAAGUCCCUGCUUACCCCCUUCCGCCACCAUCCGGGGAUCUGCCACUGAUCCGUACGAGUGAGAAGCCGAGCUGUGACGAGAGCGAACUAAUGUUGUAUAUCGGCGAAAUCCUCUUCGCGACUUCUCCCGCUAGCAAUGAAGGACUAGGAUGGACGCGUCAAGCCGUCGCCAUCGCUGAAGCGAAUCUCCAAAACCAAACCCACAACUCCGCAGCCGAAACGCCAAAGGAGAAAGAAAGAUGCAAAGCCUGCCUCCUCACUGGCGUGGGUAAUUGGGAAACUAUGCUCCACCGUCUCGCCGAAACGCAGGACUCCACUUCUUACCGUGAAGGCGGACGAAAUGCGGGUUGGUCCGAGUGGAGAGGUUGGUUCGGCCGGGAUGGGGGUGUGAAGGGUGGGGUAUUGGAUCUUGCCGCUGGGGGCGUUAUCGAGGAAGAAUUGAAGAGGGUGGAGGGGUUGAAGGAGAGGAUUGUGAGGGAGGACAUUGGACGGGAGAUGGGGAGGGGCAAGGGGAAGGGGGGAAGUGGGGGGAUGGGGGUGUGGAUUGGGGGGUGA